AUGGCCGCCGCUCCCUCCUCGGCCUCCUGCUCCUCCUCCUCGGGCGGCGGCGGCGGCGGGGCUCCGCUGGCCCGGCUGCAGGGCCGCGACUUCGAGUUCCUGAUGCGCCAGGCGGCGGUGAGCAUCGGGCGCAACUCCUCGCAGGGCGCGGUGGACGUGCACAUGGGCCACUCCAGCUUCAUCUCCCGCCGCCACCUGGAGCUGGCCUUCCGCGCGCCCCACUUCUUCCUCCGCUGCCUCGGCAAGAACGGCGUCUUCGUCGACGGCGCCUUCCAGCGGCGGGGCGGGCCGCCCCUCCAGCUGCCCCCGCAGUGUAUCAUUCGGUUUCCAAGCACAGUCAUCAAAAUCCAGUUCACGUCACUCUACCAUAGAGAGGAGGCGAGAGAGGACACAGCAUCUCCUCCACUCCGGCCACUCUACCCCCAGAUAUCGCCGCUUAAGAUCCACAUUCCGGAGCCGGAUCUUCGGAGCCUGGUCAGCCCUUUGCCUUCUCCCACUGGGACCAUCAGUGUUCCUAAUUCCUGCCCGGCUAGUCCCCGUGGUGCUGGUUCCUCAGGUUUUCGCUUUACCCACAACGUUACCUCUGAUCUCCAACUGGCUGCCGAAUACGCAGCAAAAGCUACUUUGGAGCAGCAGACGGACGCCUCUGGGGGAGACAGCCCCAAGGAUGAAUCCAAGCCACCGUAUUCUUACGCCCAGCUCAUUGUUCAAGCUAUCUCGUCAGCUCAGGACAAGCAAUUAACACUAAGUGGGAUCUAUGCUCACAUUACGAAGCAUUAUCCGUAUUACAGGACAGCAGACAAAGGCUGGCAGAAUUCCAUUCGGCACAACCUAUCCUUGAACCGAUACUUUAUUAAAGUCCCCCGUUCUCAAGAAGAGCCGGGAAAAGGCUCCUUUUGGCGGAUAGACCCUCCCUCCGAAGGCAAGCUAGUGGAGCAGGCAUUCCGAAAACGGAGGCAAAGAGGGGUGUCCUGCUUCCGAACCCCAUUUGGACCCCUCUCUUCCCGGAGCGCCCCCGCCUCCCCUACUCAUCCCGGUCUGCUUUCUCCCCACACGAGUGGCCUACAGACUCCAGAGUGCAUGUCGAGAGAAGGAUCCCCGAUUCCUCACGACCACGACUUUGGCGCCAAGCUUGCUUCUGUCCCAGAGUAUCGGUAUUCACAAAGUGCUCCUGGAUCCCCCGUAAGUGCCCAGCCGGUCAUCAUGGCUGUUCCUCCAAGGCCUUCAGCGCUGAUGGCCAAACCACUCGCCUACCUGCCCGCCUCCAUCGUGACCUCUCAGCAGCCUCCAGGCCACGCAGUCCACGUGGUCCAGCAAGCCCCCACUGUUACAAUGGUCCGAGUUGUGACGAGUUCGGCAAGCUCAGCAAAUGGAUACAUCCUGACCAACCAGGGGCCAGCUGGCAGCACCCAUGACGCGGCAGGGGCUGUCCUGGACUUGGCCGGGCUGGAUGAGAAGCCCACCAUCACAUUUGCUGCCAUACCAACUGCCAGUCGGGUCAUCCAGACAGUGGCCAGCCAGAUGGGUCAGGGCAUCCCUGGACAGACGGUCACCAUCCUGCAGCCAGCCACCUCCAUGGCCCUCGGACAGCACCAGUUACCUGUCCGCACAGUGACCCAAAACGGAAAGCAUGCCAUUCCCACAAACAGCCUAAGCAGUGGGACUUACGCCCUCGCCAAUCCCUUGCAGGUGCUUGCGGCUCAAGCCAGCUCCUCCACCCCCGUGGUCAUCAGCCAGACGAGAGAAGCCGGGCUGAAAGAUCCUGAAGAGCUUUUGAGAGAGCCUGAGGUCAAACGACCUCGAAUGGAAGACCCUAGAGCGGUUGUGGCGGCGUUGCAAACUGGUGUCAUCACAUCCACAGCCCCCUCGGGACAAUCCGCUGGAGAAUGAGGCCGCAGAAAGAUCAGAAAAGGCACCGAGAGAGAAAAAUCUC